CUCUUUUUUGUUUUGUUUUGUUCCUCUUUGAGCUUCACUCCCCGUAAUCCACACGACUACAAUGGCUGCUGCUGCUGCUGCUCGACAUGCGAAACGCGCGCUCGUCGCACUUGCUCCCGGCGCCGAGGAGAUGGAAGCAGUGAUCACCAUUGACGUUCUGCGCCGCGCUGGUAUUGAAACGGUCGUCGCGAGCACCACCACCGACCUGCUCGUUCCGUGCUCACGCCAAGUCGUCAUCAAGGCGGACGCGACGCUCGAGGACUCGACUCGCAAGGAGCAACAUUAUGACGUGGUCGUGAUCCCGGGCGGCUUGAAUGGAGCCAAAGCACUUGCCGAUAGCCGUGCGUUUGGUGAGGUCUUGAAGGAGCAGGAGCGCAGCAAUCGAACCAUUGCCGCCAUCUGCGCUGGCCCGAUCGCGCUCCUCUCCCAUCAGAUUGGCGUGGGCAAGGAGAUUACCUCGCACCCCAGCGUGCGCGACAAGCUUCACGAAACGUACAAGUACUCGGAACACCGUGUUGUGACUGACGGUCAGCUCAUCACCAGCCGUGGUCCGGGAACCGCAAUGGAGUUUGCCCUUGCGAUUGUCCAGCACCUGCUUGGUGACGAAGAGCGCAACAAGGUGACUGCGCCGAUGGUCCUGCAUCCCUCGCUUUGAGUGGCGCAUUGUCUGAGUGAAUCUGUCUCGUGUUGCUUGUGUCUCGACCACCACGACGUGUUGUGCUCGCUGCUUUCCACAAGCUUUUGAGGGAGCAUUCAUUGAAAGCGCCAUUGCCAAAAAAAAAACGAUCCAUCCAAAACGAAACAAACAAAUUGAAACCAAUGCAGCCUCAAAGUCCAAAGUGCUAUA